GCUGGUGGAGCUGGUUCCUAAGACAACCCAUGAAACAUGCAUCUCACUAGUGAGACUGCUUUCACAGCAGCUGCGGGAAACUGAAUCCACCACUCAAAACCUGUGAGAGAGUGAGAGAGAGAGAGACAGAGACACAGAGAGAACAAUCUAGCCGCACUUCUUGUUGUGACACGUGAGAGGAUAUAUGAUGCAGAAACCCACCACAUAAACUCAACCUGCCUCUUACAACCGAAUAAUUCAGGGGGCACUCCAAGUGGCAUGCAGUCAGUUGCUAUUCCUGACGCACAUACCAAAAAAUAUUAACGGUAUGGCCACAUUUUUAAGUGAGAUUAUAAAGAACUUCCAUUCAUUGAACACCUUCAGGUACAACACUGGACAGCGAGCAUCUCCAGCAUGUGUGACGUGGAUGUAUCAGAGCCCACCAGUCCCACCUUUUAUGGUGAAUCUUCAGACAAGUACUUCCAUGUGGACCGUUGGCAGAAACUCCGCACCGCCGUGCGUAAACUGGAGUUCUGGGAAAACUUUACCACUGAGUUAAUUGGGAGUGGCUUCUUCUCUAAGGUCUACAAGGUGAUACACACGGCUAGCCGCAAGGUGAUGGUUGUGAAGAUAUACAAAAAUGACGUGGACCAGGACAGCAUUGUACGUGAAAUCAGCCUCCUUCAGAAACUCUCUCAUCCUAAUAUUGUCAGAUAUCUGGGUAUAUGUGUUAAAGAAGACAAACUAUAUCCACUUCUAGAGUACGUGAAUGGUGGCUGUCUUGAGGAACUCCUGGCCAGGAAAGACGUUCCCCUGAGCUGGAAAGAGAAGGUGGACUUUGCCUGUGAUAUUAGCAGAGGAAUGAUCUACCUGCACUACAAGAAUAUUUAUCACAGAGAUCUCAACUCAAAAAAUUGUCUGAUCCGGAUGACAUCCCGAGGUCGGGAGGCCCUCGUGACAGACUUUGGUCUUGCAAGAGAGGUGGUGGAACUCCCAAUCAAAGACCCUUGCAGGAAGCUCUCAUUGGUGGGCUCUGCUUUUUGGAUGGCACCAGAGAUGCUUCGAGGGGAGCCGUAUGACCGUAAGGUGGAUGUUUUCUCCUUUGGAAUUGUGCUGUGUGAAAUCCUGGCCAGGAUCCCUGCUGACCCUGAGAUACUACCCAGGACACAGGACUAUGGGUUGGAUAAGAAUGCAUUCAAGGAGAUGGUGACAGACUGUCCUCAGCGUCUCUUGGAACUGGCGGCCAGCUGCUGUAUGGUUGAGUCCUUCAAACGUCCAGCAUUCACAGAGUUAUUAGAUGAGUUAGGAGAAUUUGCAGAGAGUCUGGAAUCACCGCCAAAAACGGAACUGGCCUUGACCUGAGUUGCAGAGUAGAUGAACGACUGGAAGCACUGGAAGAACAACAUAAACCCGAUUGAAAAAUAAUCAUAUUCAUUCACAUGCGACAAGACUGCUCACCUGAGACAGCGCAAAGAUAUUUGAUGUUUUUGAGAAGUAAUAUGACAACUUGUCAGAGACUUUGGUAUUGAAACUUGCCUUUAUAUAGACUGGAAGGAGUGUACACUGUACACAGACAGUCCUGUUUCUUUUUUUACGUCUAAUUCCAACGUAAGGUAACACGCGCUUUUGUUUUUUCUGUUCUUGGCCGGGGUUUGGCUAAUUGUAACUAACCGUACAGACAGUCACGUCUGUUGAUUUACUGUUUUCCUCGUCCACGCCAUUUAACCGUUCCUUAGUUUUCAUUUAUGUCAAGUUUGACAGCUAAUAGGUUUGACGUCGACUGUAAUCGGAAAUAAGGACAAUCACGAGCUUUGCCUGAGAGAACAGCAUUUAAAUAUAAAAAGUAGGGCAGAAAAGAACAGCUUUUGUCGUAUUUGAAUAGAAGUGUUUUUUUUUUUUUCUUUAAAGCACACAACUUAAAGAGAUGCGGCAGAAAGACUUGGAAUUUCCCCGUGUGGGACAAAUAAAAGAAUGUCUUAAAAUUAUUUUUAUUACGUUAAUAUUAGACAUUCAUUUAUUUCAUACGAAAGACUACAUAAGAGUUUAUGUAGAAAUUAAUAACAUGUUUAAAUAGAAUAGAUUUGUAUAGAUUUCAGGAUUGAAAAUUUGUUUUGGACUGAAAAGGGGAAUUUGGGGUAUUUUUAUACAGAAAGACUUUGAAAUUGGAAGAUGUAUAGCAAGGAUGUACUUACUAUAUUUAUCUGCAUUGAGUACUUUUCUCUGGUUGCUAAUGCAGUUUUCAUGUUCCAAACUAAUGGACCUUUUUAAUUUGUUUGUAUUAUCAAAUUAAAAACAUUUUAAAAAAUAAAGUUUUGAACCCA